AUGGCGGAUGAGUUAGUAAAAACAACUUCUGAAGCGACAUCGCCGCCAUAUUAUAAUUGUGAAGUCUGUUCGGCGCCUUCGAAAUGUCGACAUCUCGGAGGCAGGGUAAGUCAUUUUAUCCAGUUAGACUUAGCUAGGCUAAAGUAUGUGUUAGCUAAGCUAGCUAGGCUAAAUUAUACGUUAUCUGCCUAGGUUCAGCUAGGCUAAGUUAUUCGAUAACUAGCUAGGUUUAUCUAUGCUAGCUAGAUCAAAUUAUGCAUUAUCUAGCUAAGCUUAAUUCAUUUUCAUUGUCUGACUCUAUGUUUUAUAACCUUCUUUCAGAUUUGCAAAAGCUGUGCCAUCUUUUUUCAACGUUAUUUGGCCAAAAAACAAACAUAUUAUUGUAGAGCUGGCGACAACAAUUGCAAAGUUUAUUUCAGUAAGAUUUUUUGUUAUUACGUAUGCCUAGCCCAGGGCCCUAGGUCAGAACUCUAGCUUAGUGCCCUGCCCAGAACUCUAGACCAGAGUCCUAGCCCAGAGCCCUAGCCCAGAGCCCUAGUCCAGAGCCCUAGGUCAGAACUCUAGCUUAGUGCCUUGCCCAGAACUCUAGACCAGAGUCCUAGCCCAGAGCCCUAGCCCAGAGCCCUAGUCCAGAGCCCUAGCCCAGAGCCCUAGCCCAGAACCCUAGCCCAAAGCCUUAGCCCAGAGCCCCAUACCAGAUCCCUAGCUCUAGCCUACAACCCUAGACCAGAGAACCAGAGCAGAUCUUGCUAGCUUUGACCCUUAGCCCGAGCAUAGCCCUAACCCUACAACUUAACCUCGGUCGUAAGCUUGACUCUCCCGCUCACCUUCCGCUAAACUCCUAUACUCACCCUUCCCCCCCCUUUCCUUGUAUUUAAAAUAGAUUGUCUGUCUGGCAAUAGAUCACCUUAUUUCCUAUUUUCAGAGGAUAAGUUAAAGUGCAAAGCAUGUAGAUUUACCAAAUGUCAAGAACAGCUAAAUAAAAUCGUGGAGAAAUCAAAGAACUUGCAAACCGACCAAUUCUUAAAUGCCUUUAAAAGUGGCAUUACCUCACUGAGUCAUCAAUUGGUCAAGGCUCUCAACAAUGUGUACGAGUUCGAGUGUGUUGUGAAAAGUCCGGAUUCUUCGUUAAAUCAGGUGAUACAGUAUACUAUACAAUAGUGCGGGUAAGGGUAAGAGUAGGGCUAGAGCUAUAAGUUGGGACUUUAGGCUAAGGCUAGGGCUCUGGGCGAGGGCUCUGGGCUAGAACUCUGGGCAAGGGUUGUGGGCUAGGGCGCUGGGCUAGGGCUCUUGGCUAGAACUUUGGGCUAGGGUUCUGGUCUUGUGCUGUGGGCAAGGACUCUGGGCUAGAAUUCUGGGCUAGGGCUCUGGGCUAAGGCUCUGGGCUAGGGCUCUGGGCUAGGGCUCUGGGCUAGAACUGUGGGCUAGAACUGUAGGCUAGGACUUUGGGCUAGGGCUGUGGACUAGGUGGACAUGAAGAGCGAGCCGGGCCUAUUUUUCAUGCUCGGCUCGACACAAACUCUUUUCCCGUGCCAACGCACCGGACUUUUCGAGCCGGGCCUUGAUUUUGAGGCCUGGCCCAACCUAAAUUUGGGUCAGGGCCGGCCCGGUCUAAGGGUAAGUCCCGGACAGGUUGGCCUGUUCCUCCGUAUAUAGAGCUAGGGUUCUCGGCUAGGACGGAGGAUUGGUUUAUAAGCUUAGACCUUUUGGGCUAUUUGAGCUAGGACUAAAGCUUUGGGCUAAGGUUUUGCACUAGGGCUCUGGGCUAGGGCUCUGGACUAGGGCACUGGAAUAGGGCAGUGGGUUAAGGGUCUGGGACAGGGCUCUGGGUUAGGGUUCUGGCCUAGGCUUCUGGGCUAGGAAUAUACUUAUACAUACCUAUUUCAGUUAGUUCAAACAACCAAAAAAGAUGCCAUAGCACAGUUGGAGCUGAGCAAAAACAAAUCUUUUGACAUUUUUAGAGAAUGUAUAAGUCAGAUGACAUUCCAGACUAAAGAGCAGUAUGUAGGUAAACUUUUUAAACUUUUUUCUACAAUAACAUAGCUAAAAUACGUAAAAUGUAAGCUUUUAGGAACAAUUUGUAGCACAGUGCUAUUGUGA